AUGGCGGCCCGCGGCGGAGAGGCUGGGCCUGAGGUCGAGCGUAACCCCUUCUCCUUCUGCGAGUUCCUGCGUAGCCAGAGCCGCGGCGCACAGGACGGGGAGUGGAGCGCGAGCUACCGGCCGUCGGCCGAGGAGGUGGAUGCGCUCGGGUCCUGCGUCGGCAGCGCCUCGUCCCCCGACCCUGCCGCCCGCCCUCCCCGGUGCCUGCCUCGCGGGGACUCCCUGCCCGACCUCAGCUUCCCGCCGCCCGCCUACGGGGAGCUAAAAGAAGAAAAUGCCAAGUUAAGGAGCAAGAUUAGCCAGCUUCAGAUCCUCUCCGAGGCUCAAGUAGACAAGGUAAGGAAGCUUGAAAAAAAACUAGAAGAGAACAAGAUUAAAGAGCAAAAGGAAGCCCAGGAUCUAGAAGCCAUGGUCCAGCAUGUGGAACAGAAUCUCCAGUUGAUGACCAAGCGAGCAGUAAAAGCUGAAAAGUAUGCUGCAAAACUAAAGCAGGAAAAUGCAGUACUUCAGGUUCAACUGAAGCACUACAAGACAGAGAAUGACACCCUGAAGUCUGGCCAGUCUGCUGGUCUGGCCAUAGUCAAACAAAAUGCAGAAGUUGCCUUGCAGAAUCUUCUCACAGUUAUAACCAACUCUCAGUCUUCAAUAAAGCAGUUGGUUUCUGGAGCAGAAUCGCUGCAGCUAGUUGCUGAACUUCUUAAAUCAAUAGACAGAAUAUCUGAACUAUCAGAGGAUGGACCAUGAAAAGCUACACGUGGCAUUCUGAUGAGAGCUGUGUUUACAUGAAGAAAUCACUACUUUUGAGAUUUACUACUUUAAUAUAUUAUAAACCUAAACAUAUACAACCUUUACCCAUACUUCUGCUGUGGAAAACUGCUAUGCAUUGGUGCAGUAUUAACCCUUCCUGUAUCAACAGUGCAAAGAGAGUCUCUGAGUUGCUGGAAUCCAGUGUAGCUUAGCACAUUGAUGCUCUGCUGGAUUGUGAUGCAGGGGGCCGGUCCUUUUAUUUCGUGCAUUGCAGACUCCUCAUGGGUGUGCUGGACUCAGCUAUUCUCCUCGCAGCCUCCUUCCUCCAUUAGUGCUGUGACUGCUGUCGGUAUCUUUUACCAUUCAGGAGCAAUAGUACUUGGAGUGGUUGGUGGGGUUUUUUUCACUGCCGUUGGUGAGGUACAGCAGCAGAAAUAUUUUUUAUUAACUUUGUAUAAUAAAAUGUGGAAAGGACCAAUUAUAAGUAACAUAAGGCAGCAAUGGUUUCAGCUCUUCAGUUUGAAAACGCAUUUUUAAUUGGGUUAAGCUUUGUAACCACUCUUUUUUUUUUAAGAGAGAGAGAAAUUAAAUUGCAUAUAAUACUG